CCCGCAAUCACGACUUUUGUACUCCCCAACCUCUCUGCGACAAGCUUCUCUGCAAACACCCGACAAUUCGUUCAAAAGGAAGAUUACCGCCUGCGAUUUCACCCUGGCCACCCCGCCCUGCCCACACCAUCUCAUCUCCACGAGAGCGCAUAGUACAUCUGUAACAGCUUGGACAAAAGUUGUUGCAGGGCCACACGGUCCAUGCCGUCGAAUUCACCCCCCGCAGUCGAGGGAGUUUUGCCAUCACGGGCGACGGGAAGGACAGGCGGCGCAGCGCCGGUCAACGACAACCAUAACCCCCUACGCCGAAGACCCCGCCAAGAUUCCGACGUCUCGCGCUCCGGUUCCGUCGCCCCGCACCAGCAGCAGUCCAACAGACCGAGCCCGAAGCGCUUCAAGUUUGGCGCCGACGAUCCUUCCUCUCACAAUACCAUGUCUACCAAGAUGAAGGGCAAGCUGCCCGAGGUCAUUGACCUGACGCAGUCCAACUCGUACCGGCCAUAUACGGGUGCGAAGAAGCUGGUCAUCAAGAACUUUCGACACUCGGCGACCAACGAGAAGCUGGAAAAGUACUACGAACGGACCGAGCAAGAACUGGUCGAUGCUUUGCACGAGAUAUUCAGCGGGCGCAAGCCAAAGCUACCGUUAGAGAGGCUAUCUCGGGCCGUGGAAGAUAUAUGCAGGCGCGGCCAAGACAGCGACUUGCAGCUGUACGAGACCUUGCGGCGAAAGUGCGAGGAGCACCUCACCCAAGAUGUACUACGGUCAAUCAAGUCCCGAGCUGGCAGCACCGAUGUAGACAUGCUUAAGAGCGUCCUCGAGCACUGGAGGGUGUGGAAUGGCCAGAUUAUGACGAUCCGGUCCACGUUCACUUACCUUGAUCGUACCUACCUUCUAAAGAAUAAGAAUUACCUUUCCAUCAACGACUUGACCAUUUCACAGUUCAGGAGGAUGGCGUUCCCCGCUCGCGACGACCCAGAUGGUCAGACGCCCGGUGGCAGGGCGUUACGGGGCAUGUACGACCUGAUCUCGUACGACCGGACAGGGGACGAGCGGUUCGAAGCGGCAUUGCUCAAGGACUCGGUCAUGAUGCUACACGUGUUCAACAUUUACACCAAAUACUUCGAGCCCCGAUUCAUCGAGCUAUCAGAGACGUUCUUUGAGGACUUCGCAGAGGAAAGGAGCGCGUCAAGCCUGAAGGAGUAUAUCUCGGCGUGCGAGUGGCUGCUGAAGAAGGAGGACUACCGCUGCAACGAGUACAACUUGGACUCUACAACCAAGAAGCAGCUGCUCGACGCCGCGCACGGCAUCCUUGUGAACAAGUAUUCCGACAAGCUUCUCAACAGUGAGAGUCUUUCCAAGCUCCUCUCCGACCAUGAGGUAGACUCCAUGAAGGCCCUAUAUGAUUUAUUGCGACUGUCCGAUAUACAGAAGAAGCUCAAGCAGCCCUGGAGCACAUAUAUCAAGAAGACGGGUGCUGCCAUUGUUGCUGACAAGGAGCGCGGCGACGACAUGGUCCAGAGGCUUCUUGAACUUAAGAGGUCACUAAGCCUCAUUGUGCGCGACGCCUAUGGCGGCGACCAAGACUUUGUCAACGAGCUCAGGAAUGCUUUUGGAGAUUUUAUGAACGAUCGCAGCAUUGCAACGACGUGGAGCUGCGGAACAUCCAAGGUCGGCGAGAUGAUCGCAAAGUAUGUCGACAUGCUGCUUCGCGGUGGAAUCAAGGCUUUGCCGAAAACACUUUUGUCAGAUAACAUUGACCGAGCUGCGGCAGAGCAGAGCGGCAUAGCGAGCGCCGGCGACGAAGACGCUGAGCUCGACCGGCAAUUGGACCAGGCACUGGAGCUCUUCCGUUUCAUUGAAGGCAAGGACGCGUUCGAAGCGUUCUACAAGAAAGACUUGGCUCGCCGUCUGCUCAUGGGUAGAAGCGCAAGUCAGGAUGCCGAGCGGAACAUGCUGCGGAAGCUCCGCGAGGAGUGUGGUAUGAACUUUACUCACAACCUGGAGCAGAUGUUCAAGGAUGUCGAGGUGGCCAAGGAGGAAAUGGAAGCCUACAAGCAGUGGUCGGAAGGCACCGGCGUGGAUAGAGCCCCUGUCGAUCUGUCGGUAAUGAUCCUGUCACAGGCGGCCUGGCCAACGUAUCCCGACGUCAAGGUGCACUUGCCAGACGACGUUGCCAAGCAGAUUGAGCGAUUCGACCAGUAUUAUAAGAACAAGCACACGGGCCGGCUACUCAACUGGAAGCACGCACUGGCGCAUUGCACGGUCAAGGCCAAGUUCCCCAAGGGUACAAAGGAGCUUCUCGUCAGCGCGUACCAAGCCAUCAUCCUCGUUCUCUUCAAUGAGGUCGGCAUCGAGGGCUUCCUCGGCUACGAACAGAUCGCUCGCUCGACAAACCUGCAAGGAGAAGAACUGAACCGAACACUGCAAUCUCUCGCCUGCGGCCAGGUUCGCGUGCUUACGAAGAGUCCCAAGGGGAGGGACGUCAACCCGACGGAUACGUUCACCAUUAACAAGGCAUUUAUACACCCAAAGAUCCGAGUCAAGAUCAACCAGAUUCAGCUCAAGGAGACCAAGGAAGAGAACAAGGCGACGCACGAGCGUAUCGCUCAGGACAGACGGUUCGAAACACAGGCAGCCAUUGUGCGCAUCAUGAAGAGUCGCAAGGAGAUGAGCCACGGCGAGCUGGUUGCGGAGGUGAUCAACUUGACCAAGAACCGAGGUGCGGUUGAUGCGGCGCAAAUCAAGAAGGAAAUAGAAAACCUGAUUGACAAGGAUUACUUGGAACGUGAGGGCAACACUUACACGUACCUGGCGUAGGUAGUUGGCAUUGCGUGACUCGUUCGUACCCAGGGCGCAAGAGCACGCUGGUAAGACAAGUAGAUGGCAUGGUCGAUAUGUCCAUAGACAUACAUGAACUGAAUGAAAGAGACGCUGG